AUGGCAGACGCGCUGCAACAAAUAAAGCCCAACAUUCGCACGAAUAUCAAAAGCUGCGCAAGUAGUAAUUGCAUUGUGGCGAUUGCAGAAGACCGAGGAAGAUCAGUGGCUACUGUCGUCAGCAGCUCCAAAGGACAGCACAUACUAUGUUUCCAAAAAUCUGGCCUGACCAGUGGUGUCUGCAUAAUUGUCCACCAGAUAUCUGUCGCUGCAUGGGAAUCGACAUAUUCUCCCCCCGCCAACUCCGCAGCUUGGUGCGAUUACUUACACUUUCCCUUCUCCCUCUUCCCUCCAUCAGGUCAUGUCUCUCAAGCCGCUCACCCAAUGGCCCUGCCUCUCCCGCCUGCCUCGAACCUUCACGCCAUCCUCCUCGUGACAAAAUCACGCUCUCUCGGCCCGCGACUCGUCUUCCAUUAUCCGCCGCUCUCGCCAUCUGCCGCCGCUCUUGCAGCGGCGAAGGACCCGGCUUGGUUUCGUCAUGAUACAUCGACAGCCAGCGCUGAUUCACGAAGCUCAGAGAGCGAUUGGGAUAGUACUUCCGACUCGGAGGAUGAAAAUGACAUUGAGAUUGGCAGUCGCACGAGUGGCGGCCGUGGCUCGGGCAAGACGAUGACGAAUGCGAGUUCGCGCGACCGCGACCGGUCCAGACUGAGCACAGGGUUAUGGGGUAGGCAGGAGACAAUGGAUGACGAAGACGAUCAAGACGAUGGAGAUGAGAGCAACGGUGAGAAUGGCACAGGCUCCAGGUGCAAGGGAGGCGAUCAUGAUUGGAGCACGGUGCUGGGCUUCAGGACAGAUGCGUUGGAGAAGAUGCUCAGUCCCGACAGGGACUUCAACAAAAGACGCUUUGAGCUUGGUGUAGAAAGCAUCGUAUUCUUGGGCGCGCCCAUGUUUGUGAGAGACGACGGGCUGUGGAAGAAGGCUAGGCGAAAGAAAAAGAAGCCAUCUGGACAAGAGAGGCUCGAAGAGGGCGACUGGAUGAAGAACCUGACGAGCGAGGACGAUGGCGAGGCCGAGGAUCUUCCCGAAGAAACUUCCAAGACCGUGCAGGAAGCUUUUGUCUACCCACAGGGCUUCGAGCCAGGCUACGGUCACGAUUCCAUGGCCAGCACCGCUGCACCGUCGGAAGUUGGGUCAGACACGCGCAGCAACUCCACUUCACAUGACACUAACAACCCUGACAUGACCAUGUUCAAUGUCGUAUUUGUCCUGAAUCCGCCAGCCUUGGAGUAUCAACAGAGAAUCAAGGAAAUGUACGACAAUGUGACGCGCAAGUAUGCCAAAGCACUCAAGUACGAGGAAGCACGAUUUCAAUAUGUCUGGAGAGAGUCGAAGCGCAUUAUUGAUAUAAAGCAGCGGGCAAAAGAGAAUAAUGAGUCCGUCACGGCAACCUGGCGCAAGAUAGUCGGCAUGUCACCACUUGCAAAGUCGAUAGCCAUCAUGUUUGACACGAUCUCUCACGACAAAAUUGCUCAUAUACACUUCGACGCAACCUUCAACACCUCAUUCCAGAUACCGCAGACAGACUCGACACCAUAUCUGCCAAACGCCUUGGAGCCUCAGAUGCCGGGACUCUGGCUCACCACCUCCAACGUGAUACUCGAAGACGAUGAUGCACCCAUGACUCAGCACGCUGCAUUGUUACUCCUUGAAGACACAGAGACACUGAUAAAAGACCUCGGCGGUGACUCUGGCGGCAAUGCUGCCGCCAUUGCCUUCUACAUCAGGAACAUUAUACCCACCAAAUCAUUGCUGAAGAUAUCCAAAAAGCAUAACAUCCUUGCACAAGACAUGGAAUAUAUUGCGAGCCACCUGGUAUACUGGCGGCGGGCACGUCUUAUAGCUCCACUAUCCCCACGUGACACCUACAUUGUCAGUCCGAAUGCAGACAUGACUGCGCUUCCCGCUGCGAUCAACCUUUACUCGCAACGGUUCCCGACUCUACCCACGUUACCCAAAGUUCUUAGCAUGCUUUCUGGCACUCCACGGCCAUUCAGAACCUUCAUACCAAGCGCUGAACACCGUGACGCAUACAUGGAAAUAUUGGCAUGGCUGAUGCGAGGAGGUUGGGUGACGCAACUACGAACCUUCGCAUGGGUACGUGUGACGCCAGAGAUCAAAGCGCAAGUGGCCAUUGAAAUGGAGGAAGAAGAGCGCUUGAAGACGGCUGAAGAAGCGCGGAGAGAAGCCUUGGGGGAUACCGACUCGGUGACCGAUAGUUUGCUAUCAGACAAGCGAAACAGCUUGAUCUCUGCCAGUUCCGCAAGGUCCUUGACACCCAUGCGCCGUGCAAAACGAGAUCGGGACGCGGGCGCUACGGCUGACGAGGAGAUGGAAGCUAGUACUAUCCUCAGCCCGCAACUCACGGCAUCGGCCAUGGCCACGGCUAUGGCGCAGUAUCGUGGUACUGUUGUUCGAAGCGCAUCCGAUGCUGGCAGUGCUAGCAGUCAACGCACCACGAUUGGACCAAAUCCAUCACACAGGGCCGAAUCACCGUCGCACCUUGCAGUCAGAGACAUGAAGCCUUUCCGACCCUCUCCAUUGCAUCUGAAGCCUACGUCUCCAUCUCGUGCCUCCACCGCCUCGCCUCCAUCUCUUGAGACGGCCGCUCCGCGUCCAACAGCCAAGGACUUCAAGGCUACCACUAUAUUGUCACCACAGAAAGCAUCGUCGCUAGAAGCAAGAUGGCUCGACAAGAUUGCAGAGUCUUUUGAAAAGGCAGCUUUCAUAUCUGCGAAUCCCAGUCCACCAAAGCAUGCUGAAGUUGCUUUUGGCGUGACGGGCAAGGAGCUCAAAGAGAGCUGGGGCAUGCUGUUGCGACACUUGGAUGGUAAGCAUGCGAUUGAAGAUGUUUCGCCUCGAGAGGGGAUCAAGAGGAAGAGGGUGGCAGCGCUGUUUAACGCUGUGAGGGAGAAGGGAUGGCUUGUUGUGACGAGGCACUGGUAG